GCUGGUUUAGUAUCAGCUGUUAUAGUGAUGAUUGUCACUUUGGCUAUUGGAUAUCUUCUCGAGCCUUUACCAAAGUCUGUGCUGGGUGCCGUGAUCAUCAUCAACCUGAAGGGCAUGCUGAUGCAAUUCAAUGAAAUUCCUUACCUGUGGAGGAGAGACAGGCCAGAUUGUGUGGUGUGGGUGGUCACCUGCAUAGCGGCCAUCCUGCUGGGGCUGGAUCUUGGAUUGGCUGUUGGUCUUGGUGUGGAGUUGAUCUGCGUCGUCCUCCGGGUUCAGUUCCCUCGCUGCAGUGUGCUAGCCAACAUUGAGGGGACAGAAAUUUACAAAGACAGGAAGGACUACAUCUCUGUAAAUGAACCAGAGGGGGUGAAGAUCUUCAGAAUCCCGUCCCCAAUCUUCUUCGCCAACAUGGACUUCUUUAGGAACAAGCUAGUGGAAGCUCUUGGCUUCAAUCCUCUGAGAGUGUUGAAAAAAAGGAACAAAGCUCUGAGUAGGAUCCGGAAACUUCUGAAGAAAGGUGACCUGCAGUGGACGUCGGUUGAGCAACUCAGCAUCUGCACUGAUAUCACCACCUCGUCUUGCUUUGAUAUAACUCUGUGA